GGGGUCUCCUAAGCUGGCUUCCGCGGCGGCAGCGCAAUGACUACGCUCCCGGCCUUCACGUGCGAUGACCUGUUCUGCUUCAACAACAUUAACUUGGAUCCACUUACAGAAACUUAUGGGAUUCCUUUUUACUUACAGUACCUCGCCCACUGGCCAGAGUACUUUAUUGUUGCGGAGGCAACUGGUGGAGAGUUAAUGGGUUAUAUCAUGGGUAAAGCAGAAGGCUCAGUAGCUAGGGAAGAAUGGCACGGGCACGUCACUGCUCUCUCUGUUGCCCCAGAAUUUCGACGCCUUGGUUUGGCUGCUAAACUUAUGGAGUUAUUAGAGGAGAUUUCAGAAAUAAAGGGUGGAUUUUUCGUCGAUCUCUUUGUAAGAGUGUCUAACCAAGUUGCAGUCAACAUGUAUAAGCAACUGGGCUACAGCGUGUACAGGACGGUCAUAGAGUACUACUCGGCCAGCAACGGGGAGCCUGAUGAGGAUGCCUAUGAUAUGAGGAAAGCACUUUCCAGAGACACUGAGAAGAAAUCCAUCAUACCAUUACCUCAUCCUGUGAGGCCUGAAGACAUUGAAUAACCAUGGGCAGUGGUUCUUAGGCUGAUGCUCCAGAUAUUUUAUGGACAAUAUUAUUUUCAUUGGAUGAUCUUGGAGCUCUAUUAGGAGAAAAGUAAUCAUUUAGGUCUUACAGACUUAAAGAAAAUACAGGUUAUAAACUUUAGUCUCAUUGUUUCCAAUUAGCAAUAUCAUACCUACUAAAGCUGUUCACUGUAAUAAAAUUCAAUCAAAAAGGCAGCUAGGUCAGACGGAAACAUUCCACUAUUUGGGGUCAUAAUAUUCACUAUAUGCUAGGGAAAAAAUGUGCUCCAGUCUCCUCCUAAAUUCCGUGCCUGAGAACCACUGCUGCAUAUAUAUUUUUUAUUUUGUAUCGAACUGUUAAUUGAAGCUUUAAAAGCAUAUAUGAAAUGUAUAAAUCUAAGAUGUAUAAUAAAAUGCACUGUAGACUCUAAAAAAAAAAAAAAA